AUGCCUUGUAUUAUUAAAGUAAGAAUUUCAGGUAUUAGAAAUAUCAAUGCCUUUGAAAGAUCUGAAAUAGAUUCUUUUAAAUACCUUGAGGUAACAUUAGGGGAAACAAAACAAAGAACUAAAUUUAAUAUUAGUAAAACUUCAAAUGAUUUGAACUUGUCGUUCAGACUCGAAAUAUCUGAUGAUUCAGAACUACAAAUAUGCCCACUUAAAAUAGCGAUAGAUGAUGCUGAAGAUAUAAAUAGUGGGUAUAUCCAAAUAGAUUUCAGUUUUUUUUAUUUCCAUGAUAAUCUAAAAUUGGAAGGAUGGUUUCCUCUAUAUGAUUCAUUGGAAGGAAUCAAAGGUGAAUUAUACUGUACUAUAAAAUGGGAAUUCUUUGAAGAAAAAAACCCAUAUAAUGAUAAUAGUGCAGUUCUUCUUCUUGGCACAACUUCGUUUCCAAAAGGGUCCCCCUAUUAUAUUGAGGAAAUAAUAGGCUUUGCACAUGAACUUAAAAUAGUUAAUGACCCGGAAUAUGAUUGGAAGGACUUUAUUAGAUCAAGCAGAAAUUCCAAUGAAGCCCGAUGCGAUGUUAUACAAAAUUCCUUUAUGGAAGUUCGAAAAUAUGUUGGAAAAAAGGCUAAAAUAUUAGGGGGAAAUGCAAUUUUAGGCUAUCGUGAACAUUUAAAUUUGGAAGGAAGUACAACAAACAAAAUUUGUAUCCGUAUUAUAGGGACAGUUGUAAAACUGGGAGUGAAAGAAUUUAAUAACCUUAAUUAUAUUAACAUUUCAGAAAAUAAUAACAUAAAAAAUAUUUUGAGAAAUAAUGAAAUAUUUUUGAAAAAUAUCCCUGAAAAAUAUAAAGAAAUUAAAUUUAAUAGAAGAAAUGCUAUCCAUCCGAAUUCAACGUCCUAUAAUUUUGUGGAUGUCAUUUUACUUACUGUUGAUUCACUUCCGCAAAAUAUAAAAUACAAAUAUGGAGGUUUAGUGGCAUCAAAAGCAGUUAAGGUUUUGCACCCAAGACUUACAGAACAGCAUAGAGACGAAUGGCUUCUCGAAAUUAGAGAUGAGCUCAAAUCAAAUGCGACAUUUCUUUCGUGCAAUGUUAUCUUGGGUUACAAAGAAGAUGCUUACAUUUUCAAUGAUGUUAUUGUCCUUUUUUGUUAUGGUACUGCCAUAAAUGUAUUGCCUUCAUUUUUUUACGAUGAUAAAAUUAUCGCAUUUUCACCUAACGAUCAAAAUAAGGAUUCACAAAAAGAUGAAUCAAAAGGGUCUAGUAAAAACAGUAGUUGCAUAUAUUUGCACUAUGCUUCGAAGGAAAUAGAGAAUAGUAAUAUAUUUUGCAGAAUAUGCAAUGAUGCAUCUGUACCUAAAAUUCUCAUUUCUUCAUCCAAUGCUCCCAAAAAUUUAGCCGUCAUAGGAAACGGGUUCUUAAUUUCUGCUUUUGUCGUAUAUCCAUUGAAGAAGAAUCAUGGAGAGAAUCUCGCAUCAGAGAUCAGCGAAAUUCUUCCCUUCCUGGAACUGAACCUGCACAAACAGAUCAUAUGUAAAUUGCUCGUUAACGGGUUCAAUAGUAUUUUUGAUUAUAACCUAAAAUUAUGUUUUAACAAUAAUUAUUUAUUUGGAUAUUGUUAUGGAACUGGAAUGUGUACAUACGGAAUAUAUUAUGAAAAUAAAUUUUUAAUAAAAUCGAAUUAUAAGGACAAAUUUUAUAUACAUAAUAAAUGUGCAAAUGCUGAUGAAUUAAAAAUUAUAUAUGAUAACAUAAAUUAUAGAUCUUUUUUUAGUAAAAAUAAAAGUUUGGUUUCACCUGUUUUUGUUGAUGGAGAUAUUAUAUAUAACAUUGAUGAAAAUAAUGACAAAAGGGAUGAACAUAAUUAUAAUACUAGUAAUAGUAAAGGAGAAAUCGAUAUAUCACUUAAACAAAAUUUUAUGAAUCCACUUAAUUCUGAUGCUAUAAAUUCAGAUAGUAAACAAAUUGCAUAUAGACAUUCACAGACCGAUAUUAACGAAGAUGGAUUACGAGUUAAAGAGCCUUAUUUUUAUUGUCAAGAUGUAAAUAAGACAAUUAAAAAUGAUAAUUAUUUUCGAUUGAAAGAAAUAUAUUUAAAGGAAGAAGAAGAAUUAUUAAAUUAUGAUAACUAUAGUGAUAACAUACAUGGGGGUGAUCAAUAUCCUGGGAAAGAACAUAAUAAGCAUAUUGAUGAUUAUACAAAAUUAGGUAUUAAAGAAAGAAAAAGAAUUAAAAAAAAAAAAGAAAAAAAAAAAGCAAGAAGAAUACAAAAUAAAGGUUAUAUAUAUGAAGUAGAGGAUCAUCUAGACAAUAUAACAUUAUUAAAUAUAUAUGAAGAUAGUAUUGCAUUAUAUAAUUAUGUUUUUAAUUUAGAUAUUAAAAAUUACCUUCUUAAUAAAAGAUAUGAUACAGCUACUCUUGCAAAAAAAAAUGAAGUCCCUAUAAAUAAUAUGUUGGAAGAUAUAAAAAAAGAAAAAACAAACAAUACAAACCCGAAACAAAAUUGUGUAAAAACAGAAAAUAUGAAAGAAAAACAAAAACAUGACAAAGAAUUUUCCGAUGAACAAAUAAAAAUAAAAAUAUCUACUCCCAAAGAUAUAGAUAAUAAUACAAUAAAACAUGAAAAUCAAAAAAAAUAUAACGAUAACAAUGAGGUAGAUAAAAUAAAUAAACCUGAAAUAGUAGAAGAAAAAAGUUCAAAUGGAAAAUUACAUGAUAUGUUAUUAAAAAAAAAUACAGUUUCAUUACUUCAUGAAAAAAGUGAAAAUAAUCUUACCUUAUAUUAUGAGUAUAAAAAAGAAAUAAUGAAAAAUUAUUCAAAAUAUUUUUUUUAUAUUUGUACUUUGGACUUUUUGCCAAGUAUAAAAUUUGAAACAUUCUAUGAACAACGAAAUUUGGGUAAUGAAAAUGAACAAUAUAAUAAUGCCAAAUCAAAUAGUGAAUAUUUAUCUGAUACAAAAUCAUUGAAAUCUCACAAAAGAACAAACAAAAAUAUUAAAAACUUAGAAAAUGAUGAAGAUAAUAAUAAGUUAUUGGAAAAUGAUAAUGUAGAGGAUGGAGAAGAAUACCAUCUUAUGGUUCCUAAUCUCAAAAUGGAGGACCACCAAAAAAAAGACUUAGUAAAAAAUGAAAGAGAUUAUCCAGUUGAAGACAAGAGAAAUUUAUCAGUAUUUUAUCAAGACAGUAAACAAUUAUUAUCAUAUACAACAGAUAAAGAAAAUGAUUAUAAUAUAAGAGAUGAUCAUAAUUAUAUGAUGAAAAAAAGUAUAGACAGAGAUCAAAAAAGAGAAAAAAAAAAAGAAAAAAAAAGAAAAAAUCGAAGUAAAAAUACUUAUUUAAAUAAUUUAUCAAAAAGCUAUAUUUAUUUAAUUAAAAGAAUUAAUUUAUUUGGAGAAAAUACUGAUGAAGUGGAUGUAAUAUAUGAAAAAAUAAAUAAAGCUUUUAAUGAUUUAUAUAAUAUAUUUAUAUUUUACACAUUUGUUCAUAACUUAUAUCCUUGCUGUAUUUGUAGUAUCCGAUUACAUUUUUCGUUUAUAGCAUGUGAUGUAUUAGAAAUAAUGUUAACAGGUCAUUUAAUAAAAGUUAAAAAUAAUCAUGCAAUACAUUUUGAAUUAAAAAAUUUAAACCAAUCAAUGCAAGAAAAUUUAUUAAAACAUUUUUUUAAUCAUUUGGAAAAUUAUUAUAUGGAACGAUCCGAAAUUUUUUUUAAUUUUGAUAACUUUUUUUCUUCAGAAAGAGAUGAUAAAAAUAGUUAUCUAAGAACAGAGUUAACAAAAAAGGAGUCACCUAAUCGUGGUUUUAUUGUAGCUAUCCAAAAAAAAAAAAAAAAAAAUAGCUCGAAUUUAUUAACACAUAUUGUUCCAAAUGUUAUGAAAUCCCCAUUUUGUGUUAUGAUUGAUAUGGUUAGAAAUAUGUUUAAAAGUGAUGAAAGAAAAAAGAGAAAUGAAAAAGACAAAGAGAAAAAAAAAAUGAAAAAAAAUGAAAUUCCACAUUUAAAAGAUGGACUACAAAAAGAUAAAGACAACAAAAAAAAUAAAAUAAAUAAAUUCAAUGCAUUUCUAAAAAAAGGAGAUAAAAAAAUGAAUCAACCAUAUGAUAUGGAAAAUAUACAUAAUAAUCUAUUUAUGUUUAAUGAAUUAAAAAAUUAUAUUAUGUUAGAAAAUAAUAAGCAUUUAUUUGACACAUUUAUUGAUCAUAAUUUUUCAUCAAUUAUUAUAACCCCGUUAAAUAUUUUACCAAAUGUUAUAAUUAAAAAAUAUUUCGGAGUCAUAUCUUUACACAUUGUUAAGGAGAAUAUUAAUUUAAAGAAAUUUGAUUUUUUUUAUCAGAGCUUAAUAUCUGACAUAUUGUAUAUAGCCAAGUCUCAUAUUAAAGCUAUUGGCGCAAAUUUAAUUUCUUCUUUUAAAAUUACAAACAUAUUUUUACGAGAGGAAAAGUCUCAUGGCUAUGCUUUGAUAAGCAUUUGCGGCGAUGUCGCCAAAAUAUGA